AUGACAUCCAAUCAGGACGAUGUUUUUGUUGACGGCGAAGAGACGGAGUUAAGCCGCCGAUUGAAAGUACAGAUUAAUGAGAAGGAUUUGUUAUGCGUGAACGGAUGUGGUUUCUAUGGCACACCACAGUGGGGGAAUCGUUGCUCGAAAUGCUAUCGUGAGCAUCAAAUAGCGGAAAAACGAAGCCAGGACUACGCGAAGAACAAAACAUUGCUUGGAUUCGAUAGCUUUCAAGAAAGACGUAAAAUGACGACCGAAAGUAGAACGAUGACAAUCAAAAAGAUAUUUCGAUCACCAUCGAUGUUGGCAUCGACUUCUGGUGACUCCCUAUCAUCGGUACAACACGUAUCGCCUAAUGGAACUCCUGUAAGGUUACGACAAGUGAGUCCAGAUAGCAAAGCUGCUCGCGAAGUGUUGACCGAUUUCUUGGUGACCAGUCUACCGACGGCCGUUUUACAAGAAGUUACACGACAAGUAAAGUACGCUGUGAUAAAAAUCCAUGAGCUUCGCGUCAGUCCCGAUGAGAUGUCAGAGCUGGUGCAAGGAUUUUAUCAGUAUCUCAUUGACAAACUCAAUCAGAGCCCAUUUUUCAAUCAAGAGAAAUGUAAAGUGAAAGUAGAAGAUGUGAUAGCCGAAGUGGAAAAGUACAUUUGUACAUGUUGCUAUAAUAAUUUGUUUUGUGCAAGCUCUGACGAAGAAGUGGCAGAUCUCUCACUACAAGAUCGUAUACGAUCCUUAAACUGGGUUACAGCUGGAUUUUUGGAGACGAAAGUUGAUUUUAGCAGACAAGCGGUCAGAAAUCUGCUUGACGAUGCUAUAGCUGAAAUGAUUGAUAUUAAUAGUCACAGAAGAUCGGAUGAGAAAUUGGAAUGUCUUGUUAGGUGUUCGCAUAAGAUUUUCGAGGCGCUCAAAGAGAGUGGUGCACCAACCAGUGCGGAUGAGUUCCUUCCCGUACUCAUCUACGUACUACUCAAAGGAAAUCCACCACUAAUUCAAUCAAAUGUAAAAUUUAUCAGUCGAUUCGCUCUACCUACACGAGUAAUGAGCGGAGAAUCCGGGUACUUUUUCACGAAUCUUUCCUGUGCUCUACAAUUUGUACAGGAUAUGAACUAUGCAAGUUUGAAAAUGGAGAGGUCCGAAUUUGAAGCGUAUACGUCGGGAGAUCUCGUUCCACCGUUGAAUAUGAUGAAUUGCGGGUGUAACCAGGCUCUUGGAUCAAUGGAGGAAUCUCUUGCCAAACUUAGAGAAUUGAUCGAGCGACAACAUGCCUUAUCCAGCAGAAUAGACGAGGUGGAAAGAAGACUUAGUGUUGAGGAAGCCGAGUUGAGUGAAGAGUUCCGUAAAAUUAUGGCAACGUAUCCAUCUCAGGAGUACCAAAAGCUUAAAGAACAGAUUGCUCGUGAAGAGAAAGAAACUAUGGAAGUGUGUUCGCUGACAUCUAUGUUGUCGAGUUCGAGUAGGUCAAGCGGAGAGGUAGAAGAGCCAAUUAAAGAACAAUCUACGCAAGCCACAUCAACAGCAGCUGAACAGUAG